CAAUUAUGUCAUGAGCUUUGGUGACAGCAUAGAUUAACGUGAGAAAACGAUAUCUCUAUUAGAGGCAUCGUUUCUUCAGGGGUCAAAUUUAGCAACCAAUAAGAAGGAUGAACAACUACAACUCUGAGAAUGAAACUAACCGAACAGAAGAACUGAAGGUUAAUCGAAUGAAGACCUCUUCCACAGUGACAUCUGAUUUCUUUAUUGAAAAUUUGCUUUCCGGAAAACAUUCCUUGCCUUCUGGUCAAGACUGGACAAUGGUUAGUAGAAGGGUUUUUACUCAUGCCACGUUCCCCAAGCUCUAUGAAAAAAACUGCAAAUCGUAUAAUAUUGGUGGCACAUCCUGCUCAGUAUCGGAUUCACAUGUUUGGCUACAACAUCCAUCCUGCUCAAAUCAAUGGUCGGUAACAUCUGACAACAAUACUGUUGAUAAUGAAGAGUUGGAAAGUAGUACUCGAGAGGAGAUGGAGAAUUAUCAAGAGGGGUGUCAGUCUGAGAGUGAAGAAACUAUCGGUAGGUGUCACCCCUCAGAGGAAAGAAAAAAGAGACAAAGAACAACAUUCACUGCGACUCAGAUCAAAACAUUGGAAUCCGAGUUUGAACGAAACAGGUAUCUUUCUGUUUCGAAGAGAAUGCAGCUUUCUAAAACCCUUCAACUUACAGAAACUCAGAUUAAAAUCUGGUUCCAGAACAGAAGGACAAAGUGGAAACGCAUGUACACAAACGACCUGGAAGUUUUAGCCCAGCACUAUUACCAGUCCUUAGGAAUGUUUACAACUCGUCCUAUGUUUAUUGGAGACCGGCUCUGGCUAUUCAGUUGUUUGCCUGGACACCUAAACCCAAACAGGGGUUUGUCUGGACACCCAAGCCUAUGCGACGUCGAUCCGCUUUCCACAACCCAGCUUUCUUCUAUCCUUGACCAUUCAGGACUGACGUAUUUUGGUCCUUCGCCAAAACGUCACGAUUCCACAGAACUAAGGUCUGCUAGAUAAGUUUCAGAACCUAUAUAUCCACUAAGUUUUAUGAGAUUCGAUUAGGGCUAUCUGAGCAGAUAAUCCUGGUGGUCGAUAUAUAUACACACACAACAUGAUCAUACAGUAGAAAGUCGAGUCCUGCUCGAUUUGACUAGAGGCCAGAAAUAACUUGGU